AUGGCCUCCAGGAAUUUGGCAGCAGGAAUAAUCUUCUUACUCCAGACCAUAGUGGGAUUUAUGGGAAAUAUCUUCUUUCUUUCCCAUUAUAGUUACCUUUAUUUUACCAGAUACAGAGUAAGGUGCUCAGAUGUGAUUCUCAAGCACCUGACUGUGGCCAACUCCUUAGUCCUGCUCUCUAAAGGAGUCCCACAGACAAUGGCUGCUUUUGGGUCUAAACAUUUCUUCAGUGAUACUGGAUGCAAAGUGCUGUUCUAUGUUCACAGAGUGGGCAGGGGUGUGUGUAUUGGCAGCGUGUGCCUCUUAAGCAUCUUCCAGGCCAUCAUGGUCAGUCCCAUGACCUCCAGGUGGGCAGAGCUUCAAUCGCAAAUUCCCAAAUACAUUGGGUCCUCCAACAUCCUGUGCUGGAUCCUGAACCUGCUGGUAAACAGUUUUAUCCCUGUCUUUGUGACUGGCAACUCAAACAACAAAAACAACACAAAGAAAAAGGAAUUGGGGUUCUGUUCCGCAAUAGUCAGUAACAGAACAACAGGAUCACUAGUGACAGCACUAUGGUUAGCCUAUGAUGUUCUGUGUGUGGGAUUCAUGAUCUGGGCCAAUGGCUCCAUGGUCUUCAUCUUAUAUAGGCACAAGCAGCGGGUCCAACACAUUCACAGUACCAAAUGCUUCCUCAGAUCCUCCCCUGAGACCAGAGUCACCCAAAAAAUCCUUGUCCUAGUAAGCACCUUUUCAGCCCCUUUAUUUUCAUGA